UUCAUUCAACAUGGCGUCAUGGGAUCGCUACUUCGGAGACUUGCAGAAGAAUUUUACCAAUUUUGCAGUUCCUGUUAGCUUGUCUGCUGCUACAAUUGGUGUUGUCUUCUUGCUGAAACGUUUUGGCAUUUUCUACCAAUGGUCCCACAAGGUUGAUGCGCAAACAAAGAGAAAUGGUGGAGACAUAGUAGCAGAUGUUCUGAAGGAGCAUGGUGUCAAGUACGUGUUUACUUUGGUUGGUGGUCAUAUUUCACCCAUACUGGUGGCUUGUGAAAGGCUGGGGAUACGAGUCGUUGAUACAAGACAUGAGGUGACAGCGGUGUUUGCAGCUGACGCUGUAGCUCGUCUAUCAGGAGCAGUGGGAGUGGCAGCCGUAACAGCAGGACCAGGUCUGACCAAUACUGUGACUGCUGUCAAAAAUGCUCAAAUGGCUGAGUCACCGCUUCUCCUCAUAGGUGGUGCUGCAGCCACCCUUUUAAAGGGUCGGGGAGCUCUACAAGAUAUAGACCAGAUGUCUCUGUUUAAACCUCUGUGUAAAUAUUGUGCAACAAUAACCAAGAUCCGAGACAUAGUUCCCACUGUACGGACAGCCCUUCAGGUGGCCCAGUCUGGGACUCCAGGGCCUGUGUUUAUUGAGUUCCCCAUCGACACCUUGUAUCCCUAUGCCAUGGUGAAAAGAGAGAUCGGUAUGAAGGACAAAGCUGGUGGACUUGUACAGACAUUGAUUAACUGGUAUUUACAAAAUCAUCUCAAUAACCUGUUUGCUGGAGCUUUUGAAGAAAGGGACCUUACGCCUUUGAAAGUGGAGAGACCCAUGGCUUCUAGAUCCCAAGUACAGCAGUGUAUUGAAAUGUUGUCCAGAGCCAAGAAGCCUGUGAUUCUGCUGGGAAGUCAGGCCACAUUGCCACCAACUCCGGUAGAGGACCUCAGGAAGGCUGUGGAGAGUUUGGGGAUUCCGUGUUUCCUGGGUGGUAUGUCCCGAGGGCUGCUGGGAAAGUCGAGUGACAUCCAGGUCCGCCAGCGCAGGAAGGAUGCCCUCAAGGAAGCUGACGUGGUGGUCCUGGCAGGUGCUGUCUGUGAUUUCCGUCUGGGCUACGGACGUGUUCUUAGCCGCCGUUCAAAGAUUAUUGCCGUGAAUAGAUGCAAGGAUCAACUCUACAAGAACUCGGACAUGUUCUGGAAGCCGACUCUGGCAGUCCAGGGGGAUAUUGGUUCCUUCAUGGUGGAUGUGGCGGCAGGGAUGAGAGGAUACAAGUGUGAUCCUGAUUGGGUGAAAACUUUGAGAGAUCGGGAUGAAGAGAAGGAGAUUGCCAACAGAAAGAAGGCUGAGGAGAUCCCAGACAACCACCUCAACCCUCUGAAGGUCUUGAUGACAGUGGAAGAGGUCCUCUCUGACGACGCCAUCUUAGUAGCAGAUGGCGGGGACUUUGUAGCCACUGCAGCUUACAUCCUCCGACCCCGUGGCCCGCUGCACUGGCUUGACCCCGGAGCAUUUGGGACCCUAGGGGUUGGUGGAGGGUUUGCCCUGGGGGCCAAGCUGUGUCGCCCUGAAAGUGAUGUGUGGAUUAUAUAUGGAGAUGGGACUCUAGGAUACAGUGUGGCUGAGGUCGAUACAUUUACAAGGCAUAAGGUGCCCGUGCUGUCAGUGGUGGGGAAUGAUGCUGGCUGGACACAGAUUGCCAGGGAACAAGUGCCUAUGUUUGGGAGCAGUGUGGCCUGUCAGUUGGCGCAUUGCGACUAUGAGAUGGUUGCCGAGGGUUAUGGAGGGAAGGGCUAUCGUCUGGACCGAACAAACGAGGACAACAUCAAGGAAGUGUUGGAGAGAGCUCUCAAAGACUACAGAGCCGGCAACACAGUGCUCAUCAACGCCCUCAUCGGAAAGACCAACUUUCGAGAGGGCAGCAUAUCUGUAUAAUGCUCAAAAUGUCACAAUUAUCAUUUAGGUGAUUCUUAUAUAUUGGAUUACAGAUCAUUGAAAAACUGGGAAACAAGAACAAUGUUUACACACUAUAUUUUUUACUUUUCAAAAUGCAAACUUUAUGAAACAUGGUGGAAACUAUAUAUGUGUUCUGUUUGCUUAAAAAUGCAAGACAAACAAUACUGACUGUUUCCUUCCAUCUUACCUCCCUCCCUCCUUCCUACCAGUGGUUCCCUUGCACAAAGCAAACUUGGUCCAGGGCCCUGUUCCUCAAAGUGAUUGUAGUGCUAUGACAGUCGUAAGUCUUGGUUAAAGUAUGGGAGUUACGAUUAUAUUAGCGGUACGAUUGCUUUGAUGAAAGGGUCCGUGUACAUUAACAUUGACUUACAACAGUCGUAGGUUAAUGAUCACAGCUGAGGAUUUGCCAUAUACCUAAUAGUAAACAUUAUAGACUGGAAGGAAUUGUCAUUUGUCCUUCCUUAAUUUCACUUGUUUCAGACUAGCAGGCUUGCGUCUUCUGUAUCAUCAGUCCAUAGUAGAGGUGUUGUGUCUAAGGUGCAGCCUGUAGUUCAUGUUGUAGCCUGGUUAGUGGAUGUUGAGUCAAUCUUAAAUACCCAAAGAGAAAGAAAGAUGUUUCUUGUUGUGACCCUGAUUGACAUGAAGAAGGGUAUGAAACAAUGACUGGUUGGCUCCGAAUCAGUGUACAGAGUCUGGGUACCCAUGUUAAACUGAAGCCUCAUAUCUCAUGGUAUCUCAGUGGGCUAGGACUAUUAAGCCAGUAUUAGUACGGAAUACUACAGCCAGACAUACAUGCUCAGACAUGAUCCAGUUCCAGGUUUACUCUCAUUUUGGACUUUAUUUUGUCAGUACCAUACCCGUCACCUUGAAUGUUCCUAUAUUCAUAUAUGAAUACCCACAAUGUGACACUUUGCAGUUUUUCCUCACAUAUCAAGCUGUGAUAUGCCACGAAUGUAAAGAGCCACACUCAUGACAUCUAUUAGCUGAAGAUGUCCUACUUCAGAUUUCCUGGUUCCUUCAAAGAUAUGUAUCAAGUGAAUAACCUUUGUGAUAUUAUUGCCUUCUUAACAUAUAUGUAGCAGUAUUUGCUAGAAAUCUUUACCCUAGAGUUCCUAUGGUUUGUUUUGUUGAAUGAUUCAUUUGUGAGAGUGCUUGUUAGUAUGGCUGUGACGUGUCAGUUAUAUGUAUUGAUGAAAUCUUAUGUAUAUUUAUUUUUUAAAUAUUUUUGCAUUUGAGGGAAACUGCAUACAUAAACACAUGUACAUAAAACACUACUCAAAGAAUGUUUAAGAACAUCCGUUUUUUCACAUGACAAGUACAUGUAUAACUAUUAUAACCAGUGAGUAUUGUAACAGCCUUCUAAAUGGUAAAGUUCCUUCACUUUAUUGUGCAGUAUAUUUUGCAGAUCAAACCAUUUCAUGCCAGCAUGUAUGCUGUAUUAGGUGUGAAGAAAAAACAAGCAACAUUCCUACGCAAUAUAUGAAUGUUUUCUUUCACAUAAUUAAACAAAGCUUGCUACAGUUACACUGUCAAUAAAGUGUAUAAAGAUU